AUGGUGAUUUUACGCCCACUACCCGAUGAUUUGGCGAAGACAGCCAUCGAAGAGUUAAAUGAGAAGCCCGAUGACAAUGACUACUUUGUGAAUACUUUGCGCGAAUGGGCUGAAAAGCAGCCACAUCUGCGCGCGCGCACCGACGAUCAAUUCCUGAUGGCCUUUCUGCGCGGCUCCAAAUUCAGCCUGGAAAAGGCGAAACAGAAAUUGGAAAACUUCUAUAUACUACGCGCUGCCAUGCCGGAAAUCUUUCGUAAUCGCAAUCUCAGUGAACCAAAAUUUGAGGCGAUCGCUAAAGCGGGUGCUGUAUCUUUUUUGCCUGAACCCGUUUGUGAGGGUGGCCCAUUGGUGGUGCUGAUGCGACCCAGCGAGUUCAAUAUGGAACAACAUUCGAUCAAUGAUGUGCUGAAAGUCGGCUCAAUGAUCAUUGAUAUACUAAUGCAGGAGAACGAUCGCGUUUUCAUUGCUGGCUACACGUUCAUCAUUGAUCUGGGUAACAUUUCAAAGGCUGUGCUUAUGAAUUUCGAACCGGAAUUCGUGCGCAAGUUAACCAUACUUGUCAAUAAAGCGGCGCCCACACGCAUGAAGGGUUUCCAUUUCAUCAAUGUGCUGCCGAUUUUCGAAAAAUUAUUCGGCAUGGUGAAGAGUGUGAUAAGUGCAAAGUUGAAAGAUAGGUUCUAUGUGCAUGGCACGAAUUUCGAGGAUCUCUACAAACACGUACCCAAACAUGUGCUACCCAAGGAAUAUGGCGGUGAUUGUGAUCUAAAAAGUCUGGCUGAUGAAUGGUGGCAAAAAUUGAAUGAUUAUAAAAAAUUCUUUGAGGAUGAGGAGCAAUAUGGCGUGACUGAAGGCUAUGAAAAACUAAAGCAAGUGAAACAACUGAUCGAAGAUACCAGUGUACUACAAGGCACCGAAGGUUCAUUCCGCCAAUUGGAAUUCGAUUAAAGACUCUACGGCUCACUAUACGCAUGACGGUCAACCAAAGCAAUUAGCAUAAUAAUAAAUUUAUUUUUUUAUAAUUUUACUUAUUUAAAACCAUUUGAAUGAAUGUUAGCAAUAAAAAAAUACAAUAUUAAAAAAA